GGCUGUGCUUUUUUUGCCCUCAUAGUGCGGUCAGUAAACACUCAUGAAAACUUGAUACUUUGUAUUUGCAGUUCAGGUUUCUUUCUGUCUUAGUCAUCUUGCUCAUUUCUUGUUCUAAAUGAUUAAUUACUAUGCAAGCAUUUACAAAUAGAUCAAGUGCAUCGCUCAGCGAAAAGAUUAUUUCCCUCCAUUCAGCAUAACACUGGUGAAUCCUUCUGAAGUGUUACUCGGUGUUACGAUUUGCAACAGUGACAAGUAAACACAAAUCACAACUUAAGGUCUUCCAGUUCCAAUAACAGAGAUAACCGGACUUUAAAGAUGGAUUGUUUGGGGCCUUUUGGCAAACCACCUAGAGCAAUGAUAAAUUUUAUAUGGGAACAUGGUGUUCGACAGAUGACUUACAUCAUUUAUUACAAGCAAAAUGUUCUUCAACUGAGCAGUAGUCUUAAGGAUCUUGGAUUUGAAAAAGAGAAGGUAGAUCACCAAUGUGAUGAGGCUGAGAAAAAUCUAAACAAAGUUGAACGUAAGGUUACUGAAUGGGUUGAAAAAGUCAGUGAAAUUGAGACAACAGUAGCAAAGUAUGAGAAUAGAAAUGGCCACAAAAGGGCUCGAUCGCCCAAUUGUUUCAUUUUUCCAUACUUGUGGAAUAGACACAAGUUAGGUAGACAAGCAAAGAAGUUGGAAGUGAAUGUUACAAAGCUAAUUGAUGAUUGCCCAAAGUUUGAUGAAGUUGCCUACAGGGAAAAUGUAACAUCUAAUGAUACCACAUUGUCCAAUUAUGGCUUUAUAGAAUUCGGUUCUACAAAAUCCACAAUGGAUAAAGUUAUGAGACAACUUGAAGAUUCCACCGUGAGAAUGAUUGGAUUGUACGGGCCAGGGGGUGUGGGGAAGAGCACUUUAGUAAAAGAAAUUGCAAGGAAAGCCAAAGAAAAUAAGUUGUUUGAUGUGAUGGCUGUAGUAGAAAUAACAGCCAAUCCCAAUCCACAAAAAAUCCAGGAAGAAAUUGCUUAUGUGUUAGGAUUGAAAUUAGAAGGAAAAGGUGAAAAUGUGAGAGCUGAUUGUCUUCGAAGGAGGUUAAAGAGAGAAAAAGGGAACACCCUUUUAAUCUUUGAUGACCUUUGGGACAAAUUAGACUUGAACAAGUUAGGGAUUCCACUUGAUGAAGACGAAGAUGAUGAUGACGAUUUUAAUAGCGGUAACAAGGAUCUUAGCCGCAAAGUGUUCAAAAAGAAAAAAUUUGGUGGUCACAAGGGGUGCAAAAUUUUGCUAACUUCAAGGGAUAAAAAAGUGUUAUGUAUUGAAAUGGAUGUAAAGUCAACUUUUUGCGUAAAGGAAUUGGAUGAUAGGGAUGCUUUGAUGUUGUUUAAGAAUUUGGCUGGAAUACAUAAUGAAAUGUCUAGCUCUAAACAAGAAAUUGUGAAGAAGUAUUGUGCUGGGUUACCCAUGGCCAUAGUUACAGUUGCAAGGGCAUUAAGAAACAAGAGUGAGUUAGUAUGGGAAGCUACACUAGAAAAACUUAAAAAGCAGGAAUUGGUAGGAGUGCAAACAUCUAUGGAUGUUUCAGUGAAAAUGAGUUAUGACCAUCUUGAAAAUGAAGAGAUCAAGUCCAUUUUCUUACUUUGUGCUCAAAUGGGCCAUCAACCUCUAACUAUGGACUUAGUGAAGUAUUGUUUUGGUCUGGGUAUACUCGAAGGGGUCUCCUCGCUUUUGGAAGCUCGAGACAGAAUUAAGACAUCAAUUCAAAAGCUCAAAGACUCUGGCUUGUUGUUGGACGAAAAUUCUAAUAAUCAUUUCAGUAUGCAUGACAUGGUUCGAGAUGCUGCUUUGUCUAUAGCACACAAGGAUCACAAUGUUUUCACUUUGCGAAAUGGAAAACUGGAUGAUUGGCCCGAACUCGAAAAAUGCACUUCUAUUUCUAUAUGUGACAGUGAUAUCAUUGAUGAGCUUCCGGAAGUCUUAAAUUGUUCUCAACUUAAACUUUUCCAAAUAGACACUAACAAUCCAUCUUUGGAAAUACCUGAGAGGUUUUUUAGUAGAAUGGAAAAUAUGAAAGUUUUAGUAAUGACUGGUUUUCAUCUUUCGAGCUUACCACAUUCAAUCCAAUUCCUAUCAAAGCUCAGAAUGCUUUGUUUAGAGAGAUGUACUUUAGAUUGCAACUUAUCUAUAUUAGGGAAGCUGAAGAAGUUAAGAAUUCUCAGCUUCUCUGGAUCUCAACUUACAAGUUUUCCAUCUGAGCUAAAAUUCUUAGAUAAAUUACGAUUGCUAGACAUCAACGAUUGUUCUGAAUUGAAGAUUAUUCCACCUAAUCUUAUAUCAAGUUUGACGUGUUUGGAAGAACUAUAUAUAAGAAAAAGUUUGAUCAAAAUGUUGGUGGAAGGAGAGACAAAGAAAGGUCAAGCUUCAUUUCUUAUUGAGCUAAAGAAUUUGCAAAAUUUGAAAGUGUUGGACUUAAGCAUCCCAUAUGCUUCAAUUUUUCGUAAUCAUUUUUUCUUUGACAAGCUAAAAGAUUACAAGAUUGUGAUAGGAGACCUGGACAUGUUUUCUGUUGGAGAAUUUCGGAUGCCGGAUAAGUAUGAAGCAUUAAGAGUUUUAGCAUUGCAACCGAAGGAUGACACUAACAUUCACUCCCAAAAAAGCAUAAAAUUAUUGUUUAAAACAGUACAAAGCUUGUUGUUGGGAGAGAUGGAUGGUGUUGGAGAUGUUGUCAAUGAAUUGAAUAUAGAUGGAUUUCCAGAUUUGAAACACUUAUCCAUCAUAAAUAACAAUGACAUCAAAUAUGUUAAUUCAACACAAUUGUCUACUUAUGUGAAUGCUUUCCCCAAUUUGGAAUCUCUAUGUCUCUACAAUUUGGGGAAGUUAGAUAUGAUAAGUUUCGGUCCAGUUACAGUUGUGUCAUUUGCAAAAUUAAAAAUCAUUAAGGUCGAGAUGUGUAAUCGGUUGAAGAACCUCUAUUCCUUUUACAAGGUUAAAUUUCCUACUAGUGCACAAACAUGUGAGAUUUCUGAAUGUAAUUCUUACAUGGAUAAAUUUCUUCCUAGUCUAGAAACAAUUGAGGUUUUUGAAUGUGGAUCUUUAAAGGAGAUUUUUCAAAUACCAAUGCAUUAUGGUAAGGUUGAAUUUCUCAAAUUGCACACUUUGACGCUCCAAUCGUUACCAUCAUUUAAAUGCUUUUAUACCAAAGUGGAGGAAUAUUGUGGGUCACAUAUGACAGAGCCUCAAACUACAAAUAGGGGCCAUGGAGAAAUUACUAAUGAAGAAGUCAAUCAAAGUUACGGGAGGUCUCAUCUUUUUGGUGAAAUGGUUGAGUUCCCAAACUUAGAGAACUUGACUUUAUCCUCACUCAAGAUUCAUGGGAUAUGGGACCAACACUCUACAAGUUUCAUCUUUCAAAACUUGAUAAAAUUAGUUGUGAAAGAUUGUCAUAAAUUGAGAUAUCUAUGUUCCUUGUCUAUGGCUAGCAAUUUGAAGAAUCUGAAAAACCUUGUCAUAAGUGAUUGCCCGAUUAUGGAGAAGAUUUUUAAGGUUGAAGAAAAUAGUGCAAACGAGGUUUGCAUCUUCCCUAAGUUAGAGGAAAUCCACCUUAGCAAAAUGGACAAAUUAACAGAUAUAUGGCAAAGUAAAGUGAGUGUGGAUUCUUUUUCUAGUCUCAUUUCUGUGAAUAUUGAAAAGUGCAAUGAAUUAGAGAAGAUUUUUCCAAGCCACAUGGAAGGAUGGUUUGAAAGUUUAGAGAACUUGAAAGUUUCUAAAUGUCAUUCGGUAAAAGUGAUUUUUGAAAUCAAUGAUUCUCAAGAAAUAGAUACAUUUGGAGGGAUAGAAACAAAUUUGCAGGUUCUUCUUCUAGAACAUCUCUCAAUGUUGAAACAAUUGUGGAGUACAGAUCCAUAUGGAAUUCUAAAAUUUAAAAAAUUGCGGACUAUAGAAGUAUUGGAUUGUGAUGAACUGAGGAGUUUAUUUCCGACUUCUGUGGCAAAGGAUGCUUCAAAGCUUGAAGGCAUUUCAGCAUUGCAAUGUGAGAAUAUGGUAGAAAUUGUUGCAAGUAAAGAUGCAUUCGAAGCUAACAAUGAUCCAUUAGAGUUUCCUGAACUAAAUUAUGUGAGAUUAUAUAAGCUACCAAAGAUCAAACAUUUCUAUAGGCAGAGACAUCCUAUAAAGUGCCCAAAAUUAAAGGAGUUGAGCGUGAGGGAUGUAAAGCUUGAAACAAUUCUCAAAGAAACCAGCGAAACAACAAACAAAGAAGAAAAAUGUGUUUUCCCAGCUGAAGAGGUAUUACCCAACUUGGAGUGUAUGGAAAUUGACUUCUACCAAGCACAAGAACUGUUACGGAAGCAUCAGAUGCACCGUCUGAAAGAACUUAGUUUGAUUUCAGUUCAAAGUUUUGAUCUGAGCCAGUUUUCGUACAGAAUGCCAAAUCUAGAAAAGUUGAAAUUCAUUUCUUCUAAAUUUAGAGAGUUAGUGCAAAGAGAAAAGAUUGCACGAAAAAAAAGAUUGGGGAUCGUAUUGCAGUUGAAAGAGUUAGUUUUCGUGGGUUCAAAGAUAAAUCAUCUAGGAUUUGGACGAGACCAAGUUCUAGAGAAACUAGAGCUUUUAACCUUAGAAUAUUGCAAUAAAUUGAGCAAUUUAGGUCCUCCUUCUGUAUCUUUGACUUACUUGACAUAUUUGGAAGUGAAGUCUUGUAAGAGAUUAAGGAACUUAAUGGCAUCCUGCACGGCCCAAAGCAUGGUUCAACUCAAGACCAUGAAGGUAAUUGGUUGCUGUGAAGUAGAGGAAAUAGUAAGCAAUAAGGGAAGUGAAGAAGGCAAAGUGAUGAAAAUUAUAUUCAACAAAUUGAUUUCUAUAGAACUUGCGGAACUAAACAACAUGAAAAGGUUUUGCAGUUACAAGGGGUGUGAAUUUGAAUUUCCAUCACUGGAAAUAUUGAUUGUAAGAGAAUGUCCGAAGAUGGAAAAAUUCAGUGAGAGAGAGCCAAUAACACCAAAGUUAAAGAAUAUAUUUGGCGUGGAAGGAGAUGAAAAAACCAAAUGGCAAUGGGAAGGUAACUUGAAUACCACCAUACAAAAGAUUUUGAAUGAUAAGGUCAUUUUCACCGAUUAUCUUAGGCUUCACAAUUAUAGUGAAUCUAUUAUAGAGAGACUAUGGCGUGGCAGUCACUCUGUGCACCAAAAUAGCUUUGGGUAUUUGAAAAACUUGAGUGUAUACGAAUGUGAUACUCUAGUGCAUGUAAUUCCAUCCCAUUUGCUUUAUUGCUUUCAGAAUUUGGAAGAAUUAGAAGUAAAGUCUUGCAAAGCAGCACAGGUUAUAUUUAAUAUGAAUGAUGAGAAGAGGUUGAUGACAAAAGCUUCGGGAAUAUUACGUCUGAACACACUGUCUUUAGAUAAUCUACCAAAACUGGAGCAUAUAUGGAACAAGGAUCCGGAGGGAAUCAUUGACCAUCAACUGCUAAAGAAAAUGCGUGUUGAACAUUGUAAGCGUCUUACAAGUUUGUUUCCAGCAUCAGUGGCCAAAGAUCUUGCCGAACUUCAAGUGCUUGAGGUAAGAAAGUGUGAGGAAUUGGCAGAGAUAUUUAGGAAGGAUGAAAAGGGUGGAGAAGGAACAACGCAAGAGUCUGUGUUUCCUCGUCUCACCUCAUUGAAGCUGUACCAAUUGCCACGCCUCAAAUACUCUAUCCACCGCUCUAAACGACAGGAGAGUAUAUCAAAAUUGAGUAUGAUAGAUAUGCAAGAGUUGUGUCUUGGCUCACAGCCCAUCCCAAACUCCUUCUUCGGCCUCUUGGGUUCUCUGACAGUGGAUGGUUGUCAGUUUUUAUCAGAUGAUGUUCUACCGUUCAAUGUACUUCGUUUCUUAACUAAUUUAGAAACGUUGGAAGUUGAAAACUGUGAUUACGUCAAAACUAUAUUUGAUGUCAAAUGUACAGGACAAGACAUAAUGACCUUUCCUCUAAAGAAUUUGAGUUUAUUUAGGCUACCAAAUCUGAAGAAUGUUUGGAACGAAGAUCCUCAUGAAAUUCUAAGAAUGCCUCAUCUACAAGAAGUACAUGUUGAGAGAUGUAACGACCUUACAAGCGUGUUUCCGAAAUCAGUAGCCAAAUAUCUUGUGCUAGUUGAAAAUCUUAGCGUGAAAAACUGUGAGGGAUUGAUGACUAUUGUUGCAGAGGAUAAUAUUGAUCCAAGUCUGGACACUAUGUUUCCCUGUCCUUGUGUGAGAUCAUUAAAAUUAAAGGGUUUGCCAAAGUUCAAGUAUUUUUACCACUGCUCUCCCAGGUCUGACACCCAUACACAUCUGGAAUCACAUACCGAGAAUCAACUCAGUUCUAAAAAGUUGGUCAAACCCUUUUCACUGUUGGAAAAUGGAGUAGAGAUGAUUUUGCGUGGAGAGUUUCAGAGAAACCUCUUACCCAACUUAAAGUUUCUUAUUCUCUGGUUUGAGUCGGAUGUAUUUCGACCGGAAAUUCUAAAACAAGCGCCCAAUAUAGAGAAGCUUGUGGUAUGUAAUGGUUCCUUUAAUGAGAUGUUUUGUAGUAAAAGUCCUAAUAAUGUGGAUUAUAGUGGACUACAGCUGAAAAAAUUACAGUUGAAUUCCCUUGGAGAGUUGGUUUCAAUUGGGUUAGAGAACUCUUGGACUGAGCCCUUUGUCAGAAAUCUAGAAACCUUUAAAGUCACUGGUUGUGGGAGUUUAAAAAACUUGGUAACAUGCAGAGUAUCUUUCUCCAAUCUGACAUAUUUGAAAGUACAUGAUUGCAGUAGCUUGUCCUAUUUGUUCUCAUCCUCAACAGUCAAGAGUUUGGGUCAACUCAAAAGAAUGGAGAUAAAAAAUUGUACAUCAAUUACAGAGAUAGUGCCUAGGGAGGCAGACGAAUCAGACGAGGAUGAGAUAAUAUUUCCAAAGCUCAGUCUUUUGAAUCUUGAAGAUUUGUGGGACCUCCAAAAAUUCUACAGAGGAAGUUUGAGUUUCCCAUCCUUGGAGAAAGUGUCAAUAACAAGUUGCACUUGGUUGCCCUAUUUGUUUUCAUCCUCAACAGUCAAGAGUUUGGGUCAACUGAAGAGAAUGGAGAUAAAAUAUUGUGGCUCAAUUGAAGAGAUAGUGUCUAGGGAGAAAGACGAAUCAGAUGAGGAUGAGAUAAUAUUUCCAGAGCUCAGUCUUUUGAAUCUUGAAGGUUUGGGUCUCCGAAAGUUCUAUAGAGGAAGUUUAAGUUUCCCAUCCUUGGAAAAGGUGUCAAUAACAGGUUGCGAGAGGAUGACAAGUUUUUGUCUAGGUACUCUAGAGGCAGGGAAUUUAUCUCAUGUUAAAGUCGGAGAAUUCCAAGAAGUUGCUCCAUUACAGACUGAUCUCAACUCUACUAUACAGAAGGAAUAUCUGAGACGGAUUUCAGAGCUCAAACAUCGUUCUCUCAAAUAUAUGCCAGAGCUACAAGAUAUAUGGGAUGGCUCAAUAGAGAUCCCCAACUUCUGUUUCAGUGGGCUGGUCACAUUGAAUGUGGAUGACUGCAAGUUUUUAACAGAUGCAGUGCUACCCUUCCAUUUACUCCCUUCAUUACCCAGAUUGGAAACAUUGAGAGUUGAAAACUGUGAUCUUAUCAAAACCAUAUUUGAUGUCAAAUGUACAACAGAAGACACAUUGAUUACUUUUCCUCUUAAGAAUUUGUUUUUGUUCAAACUGUCAAAGCUGAAGAAUGUUUGGAAUGAAGAUCCUCAUGGAAUCCUAAGUAUGGACCAUCUACAACAAGUCAUUGUUGAAAAUUGCAAACGCCUUAAAAGCGUGUUUCCCACUUCUGUAGCUAAAGAUUUGAAUCUUGAAGAUCUAAAAGUGGGAGACUGUGAGGGAUUGAUGACUAUUGUUGCAGAGAACAAUACAAAUAGAAGUCUAGAGCUUACGUUUCCCUGUCCCCGUGUGUCGUCAUUUCAACUACGACGUUUGCCCAAUUUCAAGUACUUUUACUACUGCUCACUCAAGUCUGACAUUUAUACACAUCUAGAAUCACAUACUAAGGAUCAACUGGGUACUGAAAAGCGCCUGUUACUGUGGGAAGAGGGAGUAGAGAUGAUUUUUCGUGGAAAAUUUCAGAGAAACCUCUUACACAACUUAAAGUUUCUUAUUCUCUGGUAUCAACCGGAUGUAUUUCGACAGGAAAUUCUAGAACAAGUGCCCAAUAUGGAGAAGCUUGUCGUACAAAAUGGUUCCUUCAAAGAGAUGUUUUGUUGUAAAAGUCCUAAUAAUGUGGAUUAUAGUGAACUACAGCUAAAAAAAUUACACUUGAAUUCCCUCAAAAAGUUGGUUUCCAUUGGGUUAGAGAACUCUUGGACUGAGCCCUUUGUCAGAAACCUAGAAACCUUUAAAGUCUUUGAUUGUGAUAGUUUAAAAAACUUGGUAACAUGCAGAGUAUCUUUCUCCAAUCUGACAUAUUUGAAAGUACAAAGUUGCUACACCUUAUCAUAUUUGUUCACUUCCUCAACAGCCAAGAGUUUGGUUCAACUUAAAAGAAUGGAGAUAAAAAAUUGUUUCUCAAUUCAAGAGAUAGUUUCUAAAGAGGAAGACGAAUCAGAUGAGGAUGAGAUAAUAUUUCCAAAGCUCAGUCUUUUGAAUCUUGAACAUUUGGGCGAUCUCCGAAAGUUCUACAGAGGAAGUUUACGUUUUCCAUCUUUGGAGGAAUUAUCAAUAACAAGUUGCUACGAGAUGGUAACUUUAUGUACAGGUACGCUAGAGGCAGGCAAGUUGUCUCAUGUUAGACUUGAAGAACCAGAUGCUAUUCCAUUGGAAACUGAUCUCAACUCUAUUCUGACUAACGAAUUUAUAAAGAGAGCGCGAUGGGAAAUGCCGCAGCGCAGUCUUGAAUUCAGAUAUGGGGCAGACCUACAAGUGAUAUGGGGUCUCUCAUUGCAGAUCCCACACUUUCGCUUCAGAAAAUUGGAAACCUUGUUCCUCAAUGGGUGCCACUCUUUAUCAUAUGUACUCCCCUCCACUUUGCUUCCUUUAUUAUCUGAAUUGAAAACGUUGAAGGUUGUCAACUGUGAUUCUGUCAAAACCAUAUUUGAUGUCAAAUCUGCACAAGGCACACUCACAUGUCCUCUGGAGAAGUUGGUUUUAUGGAAGCUGUCAAAUUUGGAAGCUCUUUCGAAUGAAGAUACUGCUGAAAUUGUUCCACUGGAUAAUCCAAAACAAACAAAUCCUAAGUUUACGUUGCCCUGUGUGACGUCACUGUCACUAUCGGAUUUGCCUAAGUUCAAGCUUAAUACUACAUUUCAGCUAAUUACACCCAACUUACAGCAUCUGACAGUGGGUAAAUAUGAAUCGAAGAUGAUUGUGGAUGGAGAAUUUCAGAGAAACCACGAGUUAAAAUUUCUUACUUUCUGCUCUGAUAUUAAGUGUGAUGAAUAUCCGGAGUAUGGACUUUUACAACAGUUGCCAAAUGUAAAGAAGCUUGUGGUGUGUCACCGUUCCUUCAAGGUGAUUUUCAGCGAUCAAAGACCUAAUAAUAGUAAACUCCUAUUACAGCUGAAAGCAUUAUCCUCGGAGUCCCUUGAAGAACUGGUUCCCAUUGGGUUUAAGAACUCGUGGACUGAGCCUUUUAUCAGAAAUCUAGAAAGCUUUGAAGUUAUCAGUUGUUCCAGUUUAAAAAACUUGGUAACAUGCACAGUGUCUUUCUCCAAUAUGGUAUCUUUAACAAUAGAGAACUGUCAUAACUUGUCAUAUUUGUUCACAUCUUCGACAGCCAGAAGUUUGGAUAAACUCCAAAGAAUGGAGAUAAAAUGGUGUAAAUCAAUUGAAGAGAUAGUGUUUAAGGAAGAGGAAUCAGAUGAGGGUGAGAUAAUGUUUUUGCAGCUCAGAUGUUUGAAUCUUGAUAAUUUAUUGAAUCUCCGAAGGUUCUACGGAGGGAGUCUAAGUUUCCCAUCCUUAGAAGAAUUAUCAGUAACAAAUUGCGUUGAGAUGGUAAUUUUAUGUCCAACUACGGUAAAAGCAGACAAGUUGACUCGAGUGACAAUUGAUUACCGUACAGUUAUUCCACCCGAAAAUAUCAACUCCGUCGUGCGAAAGAGAUUUCACAGACAGAUAUCAGAGCUUUUCCACUUUGAUCUCAAAAGUAGGCCAGCAUUACAAGAAUUAUGGCAUGACUCACUGCAUAUGCCCGACUUCUGUUUUAGUUGUUUGUACGAAUUGACUGUGGAGGAUUGUCAAUUUUUGUCAGAUGCAGUACUACCCUUCCAUUUGCUUCCUCUAUUACCAAGAUUGAGAAGAAUGGCAGUUCGAAACUGUGAUUUUGUGAAAUACAUAUUUGAGGUGAAUUGUACAACAAAAGACACAUUAGUUACUCUUCCUCUGGAGAAAUUGACUUUAUCAAACUUGUCAAAUCUGGAGAAUGUUUGGAAUGAAGAUCCCACUGGAAUUCUAAGCGUGCACAAUCUAGAAGAAGUAUUUGUUGAUAGAUGCAAAUGCCUUGGAAGCGUGUUUCCAGCGUCAGUAGCCAAAGAUCUUCUGAAACUUGAACGUCUAGCAGUGGAAAACUGUGAGAAAUUGAUGACAAUUGUUGCAGAGGAAUGUGAUGGGGAUGAAGAAAUAAUAUUUGAGCGGCUUCAGGUUUUGGAUCUUAAAAUGUUAGAAGAGCUGAGGUGCUUUUACACUGGCAAUUUCACAUUAAGUUUUCCAUCCUUGAAAAAAGUCCACGUCAUCAAGUGCAGCUCCAUGAAAAGUUUCAGUGCAGUCAACAAAAUAGAUCAUCCCAUAAAGUGGUAUUAUUCUGAAUAUGCGAAACCCCGAAAAGAAACUGAUCUUAAUUCGGCUGUGUGUAGAACUUUUGAAAAAGAGGCUCCAGAUGCUUCUGGUGUCAUCAUUUCAGUUCUUCAAUAGUUCAGAUACUGAUGAAUAUAGCGAACAAGGUGAUGAUUAUAUGGAAGCAGUUUUUCACAGCAUAACAUGCUUAUUAUGUUGAGUCUGUGUUGCCGUCUCCAAUAUUGCAGUAAUUAAGAAGAGAUUGAAGGCGUAAAGAACCGAUGAAGAUGAAUAUGUACCUAUUUUACUGCGUGUGAUUGCGUUUCAAAAAAUAUAAAAAAAUGUGUUGUUGUACCUAAUUAAAGUUGAAGAUGAAAUACAUUAUCAUUUAUAUUAUGUAAUGUGUGAUAUUAAAAGUGAUGAACGGUGUAUUGAGUAAAGGUGAAGUCAUGAAGUCUGUCACUAAAUAUUGACUGAAU